ACACAACUUGUGGGGUUUAUGAUUACGGAGUUUUGUGUAGUGAGCGACAUAACACGACUUAGUAAGUAAUUGUAUAAUUCGACAUAUAUUACACACAGUAGAGUGGUGCGUGUGUACGCAUAGGUUUAUAACCUAUAUAUAAGCCAGUUUGUUAUCAUGGUAAGAUGUUUAACCAGUCACACGUAGGAAGAUGUCCGACUUCAACUCCCGGCGGUCAGCUGUCGUCUGCCGUAAUGGCUGUGCGGCCAGUAGCCAGCCUCUGGCCAGUCAGACGGGGAUAGAUAUUCUAAAGGCGGGUGGAAAUGCUGCCGACGCAGCCGUUGCCAUGGCAGCAGUCCUCAAUGUGACUGAGCCAUGCUCUACGGGUAUUGGUGGCGACGCAUUCUGUCUUUUCUACGACGCCAAAACCAAAGGGGUUAAAGCUGUCAAUGGCAGUGGCAGAGCUCCAUCUGGUCUGACCCUUGAUCUCCUAAAUAAACAGGGUUUCAACUCUACCUGUCCUUUCCCCGUGCAGCACGGUCAUGCCGUCACGAUUCCAGGAGCAGCCGCAGCAUGGGUUGACACUGUCGAGCGAUUCGGUAGUGGAAAAUUAAGCCUAGCAGAGAUUCUUAGGCCCGCUGUGGACCUGGCAGAGGAUGGCUACCCUGUUCAGCAGGUGACAGCCCUCAUUUGGAACAAAGGUGCUGAUUCGUUACUUACUCCUAAUAACAAGCACGGACGUGACUUACUGAUCGAUGGUCAGGCUCCUAAGUACGGCCAGGUGAUGCGACUCCCCUAUCUCGCUCAGACGUUCAGGGAACUAGGGACUAUGGGUAAAAAGGGCUUCUAUGAGGGGAGAAUCGCAAAGGCCAUCGUCGAUGUUGUUGAGAAGUUUGGAGGUGUUAUGACUUUGGACGAUUUACAGAGUCACGUGACGACAUACGAGGAGCCAAUCAGCACUGACUAUCGGGGUUAUCGUCUUUGGGAAAUACCUCCAAAUGGUCAUGGGAUGGCUGCUCUAAUGGCUUUGAACAUUUUAGAGGCCUACGAUCUAAAAGAUCUUGGUGCUAAUUCUGCAGAAUACCUUCACCUUGUGACCGAAGCCUUAAAACUAGGAUUUACGGAUACCACGUGGUACUGUGCUGAUCCGUCCAAAGUAGACGUACCUCUAUCUACCUUACUGUCUAAAGAGUAUGCAAAAAAGAGAAGACAACUCAUUCGAAACAACAGGGCUAUGGCGAAUGUGAAAAGAGGCGAUUUGAACAUUGGCCCCGACACUGUGUACUUCACUACAGCAGACUCGCAAGGCAAUGCAUGCUCCUUCAUCAACAGCAACUUCAUGGGGUUCGGCUCGGCCAUCGUUCCCGAGGGGUGUGGCUUUACGUUACAGAACCGAGGGAGUGGAUUUUCAUUGGAUCCAGAGCACCCAAAUGUGAUCGCCCCAAAUAAACGUCCGUAUCACACCAUAAUCCCCGCCAUGUUAACUGAUUCAAACACAGGAGAAUUGGUAAUGAGUUACGGUGUUAUGGGAGGUUAUAUGCAGCCUCAAGGCCACGUACAGGUUCUACUGAACAUGCUGGAGUUCGGUAUGAAUCCACAGCAGGCUUUAGACCAGCCAAGAAUUUGUGUCGGAGGAGGAUAUGGGUACGACGAGAGCUACGUGUCGGUGGAGGACGGUAUUUCGCUAGAUGUUGUCGCAGGUUUGGCUGAAAUGGGUCAUACAGUGCGCGGCCCGCUAGUUGCACAUGGCCGCUCCUUAUUCGGUAAAGGACAGGCCAUCACUGUGGGGGCCUUCUGGGACAAGUCCAACACCGGCAAAAAUAGAGAUGGACGCGUAUACUGGUGUGGUUCAGAUCCCCGGGCGGACGGGAUGGCUAUAGGUUUUUGACACCCCAAGAUGUCACUAACUAUCAGAGAGUGUGAGGGUGAAGAAUUAUGUCAUAAAUGUGCAGGGGCGUUUCUAGGAUAUUUGAAAGAGGGGGCGUAGAAUAAAAUCUGUCGCCGAGCGGAGCGAAGCGAAAACAAAAUGGACUUUUUUUUUUUGCUAAAAAA